GUUGAUGCUGCUCGUCGUCACCUGGGCAUCUCCGCUCCCUCCCUCUGGCUUUUUCCAUCCCAGAGUCAUCUGGCGUCAGCAUUGCGAAAUCCUCCUCCUCCAUGGAAAUACACCCAGCAGCGGGAAUCUCUGGUCAAAGCCACCACACUUCCGCACACUCCCCCGAAAAAGACAAUAAAUAACUGUUAUGUGGAUGUUUGCAGCUUCUAAAGAAAACAUCCGGUAAGCAAUCCUCACUUCAGGAAGCUCCGGGAGAAGAUUCAAUCAUCUAGGUCCACCUCAGUUGCCACUCGCACGAUUUGUAGCUAGUUUGAGGUAUCGGGAUUGUUGAGUGGAAGAUAACAGGGUGGGAGCUUGAGUUGUAACCCAUUUUGUAGUAUUUAGUUCCAGGAACUGGUGUCCACAUGCGUCCAUAGAGUGUCUCCCGAAGUGUAGAUCUCGCCUUCUCAACGUUUGGGGUGGUUUGAGUUGUAACCCAUUUUGUGGUAUUUAGUUCCAGGAACUGGUGUCCACAUGCGUCCACAGAGUGUCUUCCGAAGUGUAGAUCUCGCCUUCUCAACAUUUGGGGUGAAAGGGUGGUGGCGGAAGAUUGGGGUGCAGUUGCUGCCGGCGACUUCCAAGGGGAUUUUUGCUGCGCGGGGGUUGUGUAAUUUUCAUUGUGAACUUUCUGCAUCUGAAUUGUGCAGUAGUAGAGGAGUGAAGCGUAUUGUGCCAUUGGUGGGAGCAUCGGCGCGGGAGGCUUUCACAUCUUCUUCUAGUCCUCAAUCCUCAGAAAUAAUGACGAUGAGACACAUUCCGGCAAAUAGCUUGUACGUUUCCACUCCCACAUGGUGGUUGGAGAGCCGCUUUCAUUUCAGUUUUGCAGAGUACUAUAAUCCAGCAAACUCAGAGUUCGGAGUCUUGCGAGUUCUGAAUGACGAUCUUGUGAAGCCCAAGGCUGGUUUUGGUACCCAUUCUCAUCGCGACAUGGAAAUCUUUACUUACGUUGUGCAAGGGAACCUAACGCACAAGGACAGUAUUGGAACAUCCGAGACUUUGGGGCGUGGCGCGGUUCAGUACAUGAGCGCAGGAUCAGGAAUUCGGCACUCUGAGAUGAACAGCAGCGAUGAGUUGUUGCGCUUCUUACAAAUCUGGAUCAAGCCCAAUACAAGAGGUCUGAAGCCAAACUACGGUUCACGUAUAUUCAACAAAGAUGAUCGUCACAAUAAGAUCCAGCACGUCCUGACCGAUUUCAACAAGAUUGAGGGGGAGAAGGAUUCGGGGCAGGGUGUCAUCCCCAUCCACCAAGACUGCAACAUGUAUGUCUCCGAAGCUGAUCCAGGUGUUGCACAAGACUUUGUGCUCUCCAAAAACCGACAAGCCUACUUGGUGUGUAUCGAGGGGAAAUUGUCCGUGAGCGACUUGGUGAAUCUGGACACACGUGACGCUGUGGAGAUCCGGGCUAAAACUUCUGAAGACAUGCUGCUACAGCUCAAGGCCGACAAGGACGUCGGUGCACACUUUCUUCUGAUCGAGAUGGCUUUAGGCUGAGAUCUCAAAGCUUUCUAACUUCUGCAUCAAUAGACCGUCACAGAUUUUAGAGACUUCUGGGAAGAUGAUAGAGUGGAACUUAGUAUUGCAACCCUGUCACCAAGUCAGUCCACUUAGUGAUGUGUGAGAGUUAUACAAGACCAAAAUUUGAAGAGUGAUGUCUGCCAAAAAAACAAGCAGUUCUACGUGGAAGUUUUCAGUACCUGAGUAAUAUAUUUAUCUUCUGUAUUAUGAUAUCUUUAAUAUUUAAAUAGCACCACUAUUGAGCUUGUUAUGGCUACAAAAUAACAGUAAGGCCUGGCUCAAAGGUCAAGGCAGAGAUCUGUACACAA